CGGCAAUGCUCCUGCGCACUCGACCAUUCCUGGCGCAGUCCAUUUGCUGUGAUCCCGGGGAGGAGAGUGGAUUGGGAAUCGGGAUCGGUAUUGAGAGAAGAGAAGGAAGGGGUAAAGGAGGGAAUUGAGGCUGCUCGGCAUCGGGAGCAGGAAAAGGAGAUAGUGGAAGAAGGGACGGGCGAUAUAUAGAGUCGGUGGAGAGGAGGAGCGGGACGGGAGAGGCCGGAGGAAGGACUCCAUGAAAAAUGACCGAAGAAGUUAUUGUAAUAGCAAAGUGGGAUUACACAGCACAGCAGGAUCAAGAACUUGACAUCAAGAAAAAUGAGCGAUUGUGGCUGCUUGAUGACUCUAAAACUUGGUGGAGAGUAAGAAACACAUCAAACAAAACUGGAUAUGUUCCAUCAAACUAUGUAGAAAGGAAAAACAGCUUAAAGAAAGGGUCACUUGUAAAGAACAUCAAAGAUACAUUAGGUCUGGGUAAAACAAAAAGGAAAACCUGUGCAAGAGAUGCUUCCCCUACACCAAGUACAGAUGCAGAAUUCUCAUCAAAUGGUGGAAGUUCUGACCGUAUAUACGACUUAAAUAUUCCAGCAUAUGUUAAAUUUGCAUACGUGGCAGAGAGAGAUGAUGAGCUGUCUCUUGUGAAGGGGUCACGUGUUACUGUUAUGGAAAAAUGUAGUGAUGGUUGGUGGAGAGGCGGCUACAAUGGACAGGUUGGUUGGUUUCCAUCUAAUUAUGUGGUGGAAGAAGUUGACGAAGCAACUGCAGAUUCACCUAGCUUCUUCAAUUCCAGACUUGGAGCAGCAGUGAGUAAUGGGCAAACUACAAAAAUCCUCCAUAUUGUGCAAACUCUUUACCCAUUCAGCUCUGUCACAGAGGAAGAACUAAAUUUUGAAAAGGGAGAAAUUAUGGAUGUCAUUGAGAAACCAGAGAAUGAUCCAGAAUGGUGGAAGUGUCAAAAUUCUAAAGGGCAAAUUGGCCUUGUUCCGAAAAACUAUGUAGUUAUCUUAAAUGACGGACCUGCUGUGAGCAGUUCACAUGCACCUCAAAUAAGCUAUACUGGCCCAUCUUCAACAGGAAAGUUUGCUGGAAAAGGGUGGUACUAUGGUAGUGUAACAAGACACCAGGCUGAAAUGGUUCUCAAUGAAAGAGGAAUUGAUGGUGACUUUCUUGUCCGAGAUAGUGAAUCAUCGCCUAGUGACCUCUCAAUAUCACUGAAAGCAUCAGGGAAGAACAAACAUUUCAAGGUUCAACUAGUAGAUGGAGUAUACUGUAUUGGGCAACGUCGAUUUAACACCAUGGAUGAAUUGGUAGAACACUACAAAAAGGCACCUAUCUUCACAAGUGAACAUGGAGAGAAGUUGUAUUUAAUCAAACCCUUGCAGUGAUGCAGGCUAUAGACCUGGAAAUGGCCAGGUUUGAUGAGGAGAAAAGCCUUAGAUCUGAACAAUAAUGCAGAGCAAAAAUGUUAAGGGAACCUGAUAAUUUCUUGAUUCUCUACAGAUUUGUUGCUCUGUUGUGUGUCUUUAAUUAUUUUUCCCCUUUAUAUUUUGUCUUGUUAUUUUUGUUCUUUUGCCUGUCUGUCUUUUAUUACAUUUGCAUUGCCUUCUGAAGGUUAGGUUGAACCUUUUUCUCAGUGAUCACUUUAGCACUCGCUUGGGCUAGAACUUCCCCGAUGUACAUUUAAUUAGCUAGAAGUUAUGAAUGAUUGGGGGAUUUUGUCCUUGAAAAUGCAGUGUUAAUUAUUCCAGUUAAAAUACUCACUAAUUAUUUUCCUUUUGACAAAGACAUUGGGCACAGUUUAAAUGCACUGAAGCUACAGCUAAUUAAGAGAAAAGUAGAUAUGACAAAUGUGGCAGUAAGAGUUUUGCUUACCAAGUAGUUGAGGAGAUUUCCUAGAAUCUAGAAGUACUCUAAACUGUAUUCUGAUAUAUAAACUUUUUUAAAUUUUAUGCAAAGAGUACACUAAUGGAACUGCUAACACUUAAUUUAGUAGACUGCCAUGGUAAAAUUGUAGAAAUAACAGUAUAGCAAAUUUUGAUCUGUAAUUUGCAGCUAAUGGAGAAUACACACUUUUUGGAUCAAUGGAAAUCAGGUGUCCGUAAUGUGAGGUUGAAUGUUUGGCAAUGUUACCUGUGCAGACAGCUCUGACACUCUCAUGCUUGUUUCUUGCGCCCUUAUGCUUGUUUCAAGUAAACAAUAAAUAUUUAAUUCUCACCAUAAUAUGUAGCAGGUCAUUGACACUAAUAAUUGAGGUUAAUAAAACUGAUAAUUUUGGGGUUACUGGCAUUAAACGUGUAAUUUGUGAAUUUUUCUACACACUAUAUUUACACAACAUGAACUUAUUGAGUGCUCUUUUAUGUACUGAAAAAUGCUGGUUAGCUAGAUAAAAGUGUUAUCGUUAAAUGAGUUAAUGUCAAUUUUAUGAUGACAAAACUUGUUUUAAUAAUGCAAUUGUGUAGUUGCACACACAAUAUGCAUUUUUGUACUGACUGACUAUGUAAAGUUGCUUAUUUUCUUUGUCUAAUGGUCAGCCUAUUGUGAAGUAUGUUAAACAAACAGCAGCUCAUAGUUUCCACUUGAGGUUGUGUGUUUUUAUUGUUGCUUUUAAAAUUUGUAUUAAGGACACAGUAUAUUGAUUUCGAGCAUCACAAACCAGCUGAAGAGAUUGGACCCUUUUGGAUGAAGAUAGUAAGAAGUAGUUUGUUUUUAAAUUAAUUUUAUUUUAUUUUAUUUCACCAAAACUGAUUUGUGUCAUUUUAUCACGCAGUUGUGCAUUUAUUAUUGAACUGGGUUCUUCCGACAAAUUUCAAUGUGAAUCUCAAUGAUUUGAUACCCCUUCUGAAUUUAUGUCUGUACUUCCCCAGAGAUACUUUUUGGGGGAAGAAUACUUUCCAUAUUCCCAAGGUUCAUGUGUACUUCUCUUUUGUAUAUAUAUUUUUACAGAAUUGUCUAGCCUGUCACAUGAAAUUGAUUCAAUAAAUGAUCUAUCUAACAAAAAUGUAUUAUAGUGUAGAAACAUGGAAAUACUGGUUAAAGGGAUUAAAUCCAAAAUGAACUGAUGGCCACAUUUAAGUAGUUAUGGAUGUGAUGUCUUGAACAGUAAAAUGUAAACUUAUACUAUAUUUUAUUUCAGUUUAGCUCAGCAGAGAAUUUGAUACAACAGUAGUAGUCUUGUAGUUCCAAACAAAUAGUUAUUUCCUCAAGACUCCUAGACAUUUACAGCACAGAAGGUGGCCAUCAUGUCUUUGCAAUCAACAGGAUCUGACUACACUAAUUCUGUUUUCCCACUUUGGCUGAGGCUAUGACAAUGCAAGUGAAUAUCUAAAUACUACUUAAAUGUUACAAGAGUUUCUGACUUAAUGACUUUCAGGCAGUGAGUUGCAGACUCUCGCCACCCUCUAUGUGAAGUGAAUUCUCAAUUCUCCUCUUGGAUUUAGUGUGAGGUGGAAGGCCAUACUCCUAAUUAUUGACUGGAUGUGCAUAUAGGAGUAAGUUUGCAGAUGGUUCCAAAAUUGGUGAUGCAGUGGACAGCUUAUCUCAGAAUAUAACAGAGCCUUGAUCAGGUGGGCCAAUGGGCCGAGGAGUGGCAGAUAGAUUUUAAUUUAGAUAAAUGUGAGGUGUUGC